UUUUAGUGAUUUCCCGCCAAAGCGUCAAUAAAUACACAUACACAUUGUGGACAUUGUGUAUAAAAAAAAAGAAUAAAAAAAGCAAAAAAAAAAAAAAAAAAAAGCAAAAUAAUAAUCGUAUGGCUCUGCCCAGUUUAAUAUCUUGUACAUUGAUAACAUUUAUAAAUUAACAUUUGUUAUUGUAUUUUUUUUGUUGUUUAUUAUUGUUGAUAAUAAGGUAUAAUUAAUAAUGAGUCAAGGUGAUGAUGGUGAAGAUUCAACGUAUAAUCGACACUUGGAUCUGUGUCAAGAACUUAAUAUGGAUGCUAAAGCAGCAUCAAAAGCUUGGAAAUCAUACUCAACAAUUCGUCAAAAUUACACCCUAGAGGGUGAUCAGAUUCAUUGGCUUGGAUGUGCACUUUAUGUUGCAUGUCGUGAAUCAUCAACACCAACUGUUGGAAGACCAGGUUCAAAUGUUGAAGGAAAUUUAGUAUCUUUAACACGUUUAUUACAUUUAUGUAAAUUAUCAUUGAUACCAUUUUUUACAAAAUGUAAGCUAUGGUCUGAUAUGGCUAAUAUACCACCAGCAUUUUGUAGUAAAAUGGCUAAACUUGAACGUAAUUUUUCUGUUUCAAUGGUUAUAUUUCAAAAAUUUCAACCAUUAUUUGAUGAUAUAUUUAAAAGUGUAAAUGAUGAUGAUAACAAACCAUCAAGAUCAAGAAGACAUCGUGCUGCUCCAUGCACUGUACAAAAAGCAUUUGAAUUUUGUUGGACAUUAUUUAUUUGUGUUAAAGCUGCAUUUCCAGAUAUAUCAGAUGAUCUUGUUAAUUCAUAUCAUCUUUUACUUGUUUGUUGUGAUUUUAUUUACAACAAUGCUUUUUUAGCUAAUCGUAAAGAUCUUCUUAAUCCAAAUUUCAUUGGUUUACCAUCAGAUUUUCAUGAUGAAAAUUUUACUCCACCAAAGAUUGCACCUUGUAUAUUAGAUAUUAUUUGUGAACGUUAUCAAGGAAUAAUUAUUGAAGCUAAAGUUAUCAAAGAAUAUUCAUUAAGGGCAUUUGUUAUUAAAUUUUUUGAUGAUAAAAUAUUACGUGGUGAUCCGACAAAUUUAUCUGGUUUACUUGAAGCAUUAUAUUUUGAUGGUAAUAACAGAGCACUCAACAGAACAUAUGAACAACAUGUAUUGAGUGUUGGUGAUUUUGAUGAAAGAAUAUUUUUAGGCCCUAAUGCAAGUGAAAAUAUUGGAUCACCCACAAAAAUGUUAGAUGAUUUAGAAGAACAAUUUCAAUUAAAACGUGAACAAAUGCGUGAAUUAGCACCACCAACACCAUUAACUGGACGUAAAUAUUUACGUUCAAAAGACAAUUCAAUAAGUGGUGGUACAACACCAGUUGCAACAGCAACACAGAGUGUUAUUCGUUUACAUGCACUUGUUGCUGGUCGUUCACCAGCACCAAGUGAUAUUCUACUUGAAAUGUAUAAAAAUUGUUCAACAAAUGUUCAAAGUAUACUUGAAAAAAAAAUUAAAGAAAUUGGUGAAUUAUUUUGUUCAUCAUAUACACAAGGUAAUAGUAAUAAUGAUGAUGAUGUUGAUGAUGAUGAUUCUGAUAAUAAUGAAGGUUCAUUAAAUAUUGAUUUUGGUAAAAAAAGAUUAAUGCUUGGACAAACAUUAUUUUAUAAAUUAUUAGAAAUAAUAUUGACUGAUGAAAAACGUAUAAAGCCAGAUUAUGAUAUUACAAAUUUAUUGACAAAUGAAAUAUUUUUACAAUGUUUAUUUGGCUGUUGUCUUGAGAUAGUAAUAUGGUCAUAUAAAAAUAAAGAUCGUACAUUUCCAUGGAUAUUAAAUGCAUUAAAAAUUGAACCAUAUAAUUUUUAUAAAGUCAUUGAAGUUAUUGUACGUGCUGAACAAUUAUCACGUGAUGUUGUUAAACAUUUAAAUGAUGUUGAAGAAAAAAUACUUGAAUCACAAGCAUGGCAAUCAAAUAGUCCACUUUGGCAAGCAAUUGAAAAUACAAGAGGUGGUGUACCAAGUUGUGAGGAAGUAUCAUUACCAGGUAUGCUUGAUGCUAUUGAUCCAAAUACACCUGGACAACCAGUAUUACGUCGUAUUGCAUUAGAUCGUGGUACAACACAUCAUGAUUCACAACAAAGUCCAUUAUCAUCAGCAUCAGAAAGAUUUCAAUCACCAGUAACAGCAUCUGGUAUUGCUAAAAAACGUUUAUUUAAUGAUACAUCAAAAAUUGGUGGACAAAGUUUAUUAAAAGAUAAAUGUUCACAAAAAAUAUUAACUGAUGGUUCAUCAAAAUAUAUAUUAACAUAUCCAGAUCAACAACAACAUCAACAACAACAACAAAUUAUUACUAAUCGUGAUACAAUAAAACCAAAAAAAACUGGAUCAGUUGCAUUAUUCUUUCGUAAAUUUUAUAUACUUGGAUCAGUUCGUAUGCAAAAUCUUUGUAGUGCAUUAUCAGUUAAUGAUAUUGAUUUAAAAAAAAAAAUAUGGACAAUAUUUGAAUUUUCAAUUCAAGAACGUACUGAUUUAAUGAAAGAUCGUCAUCUUGAUCAAAUAUUAAUGUGUGCUGUUUAUGUUGUAUGUAAAUUAGCUAAAAUUGAAAGAAAUACAUUUACUGAAAUAAUGAGAUGUUAUAGAUUUCAACCACAAGCUGAAUCACAUAUUUAUAGAUCUGUAUUAAUAAGUAAAAAUUCAAAAAAUCAUCAUGAUAAUGAGACUGAUAAUAAUACUGAUGAUACAAGAAUGAUUAUUGAUAUUAAUAAUACAAAUAAUGUACCAACAACACCAACAAAUAUGGCUGGUACAUCACAAACAUUUGGUGAUGAAAUACGUGGUGAUCUUAUUAAAUUUUAUAAUUCAGUAUAUGUACCACAAGUUAAAGAAUUUGCUAUUUAUUCACGUGGUUCUAAUCCAAAUGUAACACUUAGUCCAUUACCAAAAUGUAAACCAUCAAUAAAUACACCAGUUAGACGUGUUACAAGUAGUCUUAUGACAAGAACACUUGAUCCAAAAGCUAUAACAGCAUCACCAGCACCACAAUUGAGCUAUUGUUUCAGUCGUAGUCCAGCAAAGGAUCUUGAAGCAAUCAACAGAAUGAUGAUCUCUGUUGAUUCUAGAAAAACAAUUGGUAAACGUCUUUUAUCUGAUGACAUGGAUAUUGAUUCACCAACUGAAGGUUUAUCUCCAAUUAAAAAAAAUAUGACUGCUUCAAAUACAUCAUUUUUCUCACGAAAACUUGAAAAUAUUAUGGGUGAAAGAAGAACCCAAAAUCAGUAGAUGAUCAUGAUGAUUUGAAGAAAAAUAAAAAAUAAACAAAAACAAGAAAAAAAAAAGAUAAUUAUAAUCAGAUUUAUAUUAUUUUUUUUUUCUUCUUAUUAAUAUUUCAAUUUAAAACUUUUUUUUUUUCCUUUGUUUUAAACAAAUACUGUUUUUUUUUUUUGUUUUAAAAAUUCAAACUAGGUAUAUAAUUUUAUUUUUGAUUUAAAAAUAAGAAAAUUGAAAUUCUUUUUUCAUUUAGACUGUCAAUAUAAUUUUUUUUUUUUUUCUUUAUUAUAAUUUUAUUUUUGUCGUAAUAAUUAAUACAACUAACAAUGUUUCGAUUUAUAUACAGUUAAUUUAAAUAAUAAUAAUUUUUAAUUAGAAAAAUUUUACUGUAAAAUUGAGGUAAAAAUAAGAAGGAAGAAAGGUGAAAAAUUAAUUAAUGCGAUUCGGGUGAUAUAUAAGAUUUCUUU